GCCGUACCUCCUCGGAAUGCGGGGGGCUGCCUAGGCGAGCUUGGGCGUGCCGAUUGUUAGCGAGUUCUGGUCGCUACUGCUUGCACGUCGCUACUACUUGACAGGCGACGCAAAGCAAAGACCGACUUUUCAGCAAACUUGUUAUUGUACACGUUUGUAAAAGGGAUUGCAACCCGAAUUACGUAUUUGCGAGCAGCGGCAUGAGCAGAAGCAUUGUACACUGCCACAAGAAGCAAGUUCCGCUUCGGAAAGUACAGAAGUGGGCGAGCGUCUUGCCCACUUGCUAACCAUUCAUAAAUUCUGAAUUAGCUUUAAAGAUGGUUCGUAUAAUGACUUUCAUGCCGUCGCGAGCCGCACCAAGACUGCUGUGGUUUUCCCUUGUCAUUGUGUCGUUCAUUGUUGGCCGGUCCAUGCCAAAGCGCCACGGCUCUGCUACGAAGAAGCUGGCGUGCACACAUGCGCGUCGCAGCCGUUGUUCCGUGGAGCACGCCCCCGCCAGCCCGGACCUCGCCAUGCCCAGCGCAUGUAGCGUGCCCGCGGGCUCAGAGGUCAGCAGCAGCAGGAGCAGCAGGAGCAGGAACAGGAGCCGCCAAAAGUCCAGCAAGCAGCGCCCUGUUGCGGACCAGCGCUGGCUUGCCCUGGGGCUGAGCGUGAUCGGUGUGGGGCUUGGCGUGGGGCUUGGCGUGGGGCUUGGCGUAGGGCUGGGCUGCAUCGGUGGCGGCAUCAAGCACGGGCUGCGCAGCAUCGGCAGUGGGCUGCACAGCAUCGGCGGUGGGCUGCUUCAGCUGAGCAGCGAACCUUUCGCCAAGGACAGCAGCACGCUUAAGGCUGCGCCAGAGAGACUUGGAUCCAACUUUCGAGCCAAUUUUGGUGCCAAUGCCACCAAAGUGCACGAUAGCUGAGCAUGCAUCUCUUACGCCGAACCUUUUGGUAUGAGCUUUGGGCAUGAUGUGGCUGGGCUGCAGGUUGGCUAACAGAGAACCAGUUGUUGGGGGGCCGCUGCUGGUAGAUGACGGGUAAUAAUGUACAGAGACAUGUGAGCGGUUUACUGGGAUGUAAGUUACU